AUACAAAAAUACAGUAGUUUAUUUUAAUACAUCGUGUGUAUUAGUUUGUACGGAUGUUUUCUGACUAGUUGUUUUUUUCUGCGAUAACAGCUACACUUCCUGAAAAAAAAAAUCCAGAACACAAAAGUAGAUGUAGAUCUACGUAUAUGAGCAGUUAUGCAGGAAUUGAGAAACAUCCCCGCGUCUAGCCUAUUAUCAUAAUACUACAAUUUCCAUAGAACUCAUUGUUGCGGUCUUCCGGAUUGACCAGCUGAUAGCUACUGUAAAAUAAGCGACCCCUGUUAAUGUCCAUUCCAGGGGUGCAGUGAUUUGGAUUGUGAUACAAAACAAAAACUGUGAAAUUAUUUAUUUCCAAUAAUCACAAGUUGUAUUUCACAAAUACAACUAGCUAAAUCAAUAAGGAGCUUAUCCUUCUCCUGCAUGUGCACAGACACACAAACUGGAAAUUACGCGCGACUAUGAGUCACCGAGCAAGGAUGAAAGUAUCUAACAUUCACUGUACGGUGACGCCUAUUGCAUAGCAUGACAGCAGCUUGAUAAAUCAUUAUGCUUGGAAAAAGUUACAAACAAACUUAUCAAUGAAGUUCAAAUGAUAAACGCCUCGUACAGAAGAGACAAUGACAACGACAGCUGUCUUUUUUGGUGCUCUUUUCCUUCUAAAGGGAAUUAUUGCCAGUCCAAACUGCACUGUGUCAAUGUUGCAGAACAAAUCUGUUAAUUAUAUCAUCUCAGAGCCGACUGGUCCUGGCUGCAUCCCCGAAUGGACCUCUGCUAACACCGUGCUUGUUGAUGAGGAGGGGAACAUUUACCAUGCAGUUGUUUUGCAUGCUGAACCACAAAGGAUUCUCACCAUUGACUGUCAGCACAAUGUCACAUAUCAUAAGGAAUGUUUGGAACUUCAGGUUUCUUUGGUGGUCAAAUGCAACUAUAAGUGUCCCAAUGCACCUGUAGCAAAUGAUACAACCUUGGUGAAGCACCCAGGAACAGGCAGAACUCACGUUGUGCCGUUUGUUGUCGGUGGCAUUGCUGUACUACUUGGCUUUGUUCUCAUAACAAUCAUCAUCUGUAACAAGUACAGACAUGUAAGUCCAUCAAAAAUGAUAGUUCCCACACCAGAAAGGACAUUUCCAGCACGAAGAAACACUUACAGCCACAGGUGCAGAAAUGAAGGCGGCGAUAGGCCUACAUGUCAAUGCAUAAAUGAACUUGCCUUGCAGAAAGGAGACAUGCUGUAACACUGAACUGAAUGCUGUAAAAUAUUUUAUAUUAAAAAUUGCAUUACCUUUUUGAUCCUAAUUUUUAAUUCUAAUUUUUACCAAACCACUUCUGCACUUCAGAGCAUUGGCUUUCAUAAUUUUAUAAACUUGCUAACUUUUCUGUCUUUAUAACCUUGUUGUUUAUCUUUUCUGCAAAAUAAA